AUGUCGUCCACACCUGGAGGACAAGACAUGCAGAAGCAACACCCUGUCAUCUGUCAGCAUUCCAUCUGGGGCAGCAAACAGCAACGGUACCGACACUGCAAACUCCCCGCAAAACUCUCACCUCUCCUCCUCAAAAAACUCGACCACCUCCAACAGCAGUGCUUCCUUCUUCCCCCCUCCUCACCAACCUCUCCUGUCAACGAGGAAGAGCACCAAGCAAAUGUCAGCAAAUACCUCACCUUCCGUACAGAGCUCCUCCAACCCGAGCUAGACGCCCACAAAGUCCUCUGCGGACACCACCAAAAGGAAGCCCAAGCCGCCCAUCUCAAACAGGACGAGAUUGAUCGACAGAAGCAAGAAGGGACGUACCAGGAUCCGGAGGAGGUGAAACGGUUAGCGAAGGAACAGCCUGUGGAUCCCAAAGAUAUUCCGGGGGCAUUUUUGGAUGCUAUUGAGAGGGUUUUCUCAAAUGAGCCGUCGGAGUGGGUGAGGAGGGUGUUGGAUCAGGCUGAUGGGCCGGAGGAUUGGAAGAUGGGGCGAUCCUCUGGACGGAGAAAGCGAUCAGGACUGGAAGAUGAUGAAGGCGAGGAGGAGUUGGGAGGGAUUGACGGUGUUGUGGAGAAGGAGUUUCCUUGUCACGAGUCGUAUGAGGGUCUAUUCUCGGAGGCGGGCGCAAAGAAGAAACGACAUUUGGCACAGGAGUCACAGCUGAUCCAGUCCAUGUCGACGUUGGGUCUUUUGAAACCUGUUCUGGAGCAAGACGGAGAUGAUACCAGGGAUCAGAAGAUCAAUGGAAGGAGAAAGAGGCCGGUGUUUGUGGAGUUUGGAGCUGGAACGGGUGGUCUGUCGCGUCAUCUUCAGCUGGUUCUGGAGACCAUCGUCGCCACUUCACCCGCCGCGUCAUCGACCACUACCUCGGAUUCUGCUUCAGGAGAACAACAACAAUCAUCUACCACCACAUCGACAACGACGACACCAGAACCGUUCAACUUUGUCCUCCUGGACCGCCAAAAAUUCCGCUCACGCAACCAAGUCGACUACAUGAUCCGAACCCAACCGCGACCUGUCAAACCGCGUGUACUCCGAAUCACAAAAGACGUCCGAGAACUGACUCUCGAAAACCUGCAAUUGAUCCAUGAGGUCGAACCGGGCGUUGCAUGGCCAGAUUGGACCGAAGGUGGUGGGGGGUUGAUAAAGCCCAAGGAGGAGACGAGACGGGUCCCGACGCAUUAUUUGUGUAUUUCGAAACAUUUCUGUGGGCCAGCGACAGAUCUUGCGUUGUCGUGGAUGAGGGAGCAGCGGCAGCGGGAGAAGGAGGAGGAGGAGGAUGGAGAGGAGAGGCAGGAUUUGUACUCGAUUUGUUUUGCGACUUGUUGUCAUGGUAUCUGUGAGCCGUUGUUGGUGGUCGCCAAGCCUUAUUUGCUCGAGCUGUUGAAUUCAUCAGCCUCAUCGUCAUCCUCCGUCGCGGUCAAGAAGCGGAAACGGGUCGAGAGCGAGGAACACGAUGCUAACAGUACGGCGCAGCUCGAUGAGACCACAACCACAUCGGAAGUAUUAUCGUCAGAACAACUGGAGGCCUGGAUCCCGUGGAUCAUCAAACUGACCGGAUGGGCAACCUUGGGCAAGGAGGAAGAGAGUAGUCUGGUCGCUCGACCCGGCAAAGACGCUGCUACGGAAGAAGUGAUGACUCGGAACGAGAGACGGGUGUUGGGCAAGAGGUGCAAGAAGCUGUUGGAUAUGGCGCGGUGUAUGUAUUUGAUGCGCGAAUGUGGGUUCCGGGAGGCCAAAUCGAUCGAGUACACGAGUGAGAGUGUUGAGAGCGGGGCCAUUGUUGGCACUAUGUAG